GUACGGUCCCAAGUGUCAUUUUGGUAUGAUAUUUGUUUUUCAUGUCUUAUAUUGUUGCUAAUACUCAUUUUCUAUAUAUAGCACAUGGAGAGGCAGAGUUAAAAGAACGGCCUAUUAAGCCUAUGGAGCGACGUGAAGAGAGUGUAGAUACAGAACAUGAGCCAAAUUGGAGAAAUGGUAACAACAAUGGUAGACAAAAGGGUGUCGAGCCAUCUAAUCGAUCAAGUGAGUAUCAUUGGAGGAGCAAGGCCGAUACAUCUCAGAACAGCCCUGAACGAGAUUCACCUCGAAGACAGAGACCGGAAUCAAAUAGAGAAGGCAUUUGGAGAGGCAAACCAGUUGAAUCAGACCGAGAUGGAUCAUGGAGGAAUAGCAAUAAACCAGAACCAGAUAGAGAAGGUGGAUGGCGAGCCAAGAGCGUAGCACCAAUAGAUCCGGUAUCUGCAACAGCUGAACGACUUAGUCAUUUGAGAACCUCUUCUUCUGAAGAAGAUGUGCGUCAUUCCAAUUGGAGAAAUGCUAGACCUACCAAGCAAGAGGAUGAUACAAUGCUAAAGGCAUCUGUAGAAGAGCUUCGACGUCCGACAUUCACAGAACAUCAAUGUCGAACACCCAAGGUUAACAAGAAGUCAGCGCCUAUGCCUGCUGCGAGUGAUGAAAAGUCAUGGAUGAAAGUGGUAAAGCUGUCCAAGGAAGAGCAAGAAGAACUUGAAAGUCAAUCUGCUGUUACUGCUUCUGCUGCUGAUAGCCCUCUACCUACAAGCAUAACCCCAAUGGCUUCAAAUGGUACUUUACAAGGCAAGCCAGCAUCGCCUAAUAAAAUAAGCCAGAUAGAGUCUAUUAUUAUGGAAUUGAAGAAAUUCUUCUUGAAGCCGAUCAAUAAUGCAAACAUAAGAGGAACUCUUAUGGAAGAUACCAAGGAAGUGACUAGGAUUGAGAUGAGGAACAACUUGUCAAAGAAACAGUUAUUGUUCAUUCUCCUUGUUAGUUUAUUAGAAGACGUGCCCGAAACAUCCAAUAUUUUGUCAAUUUUAAAAUCAAGAGAACACCUCUUUAAGACGUUUGUCAAGAGUGAAGCAGAUCAACUGUUACUACUCAAGACCUGGGAACAGUUUGUGAAUCAUCGUAAGCCAGCGAUGGUCAAUAAGACAGUGACAGCAUUAUCACAUUGGUAUGAUUGUGAAAUGGUAGAAGAAGACGUGUUCAUAAGAUGGUAUAAUACACUUGAAAAGGGUAGCGUUUUGGAAAAAAAGAGUGAAAAGUUUAUUGAAUGGUUGAAUGAAACUGACGAAGAAGAUUAAAAAAAAA